UAUUAGUUAUUCUCGAGUAUCGCUCGUAAUCCGGUGUUAAAUUGAAUACGAUACGGAUCGCGUAUAUAUUUACUGUUUGGUCACAUAAAUACAAAAAAAAAAACAAAAUUUCUUUAUUUCACAGAUUUUUAUUGCAUUUUUUUUUGCAAAAUGAAAAUUUAAUAUUGAAAUUACAAAAAAUACUCAAAUGGAUUUAUAAGUGAAAAAAAAUUCUUCAAGAAAAGCAAUAAAAAAUUUUUAAUUUAAAUACAACAAAAAUUUAUAAAUAUAAGGCUGACUAAUAUAAAAAAGAAAUAAGCGAAAAAAAAAUGCCUUAAGAAAAUUAAAUUUAAAUUUUUUUUUCCACAAAGAGUUUUAAAAUUCAAAGAAAUCGCACAGACAACAAAAUACAAAACAAAAUAUAAAAAAAAUUGAAGUUGUGGCAUUCUGAAAUAUUUCAGAAAAAAAAUUCGAAAAAAAAAAAAUCAAAUCUAAAUAUAAUACUUACAAUAUAAUAUAUUAACAGUUUUAAAUAAUAUACAACAUAUAUGAAAGUGUUUGUGUGUGUUUAAAUUUAAAUGAUUAGAACGUGAUCGGAAUGUUUAACAUUUUUAUUAAAAAACCAGUUCAAAAUACCGAAUAAUAAUGGAAUGGAAAAUAUUUUCCAAAUCAAUUCAAAAUAAAUACAAAUUCGAAAUAUCGAUAUUUAAAAUAAAUAUAAUAAAAAAUAUUCUAUGAAAUUUUUCGAAAUUAUUUUAUAAACGAAUAAAAAAGUAUAAAAAUUUUUACAAUUUCAUUCAAAAGAGAAAAAAAAAAGUGUGGUUAGAAAAAUUUAAUAAUUUUUUUUUGAUUUAAUAUUUGUGGAGUGUGUCACCUCUCUGGAAUUAUAAAAGAAGUGUUGUAAAUGAAGAAUUAUUUUUUUUUUUUAUAUAUUGAAGAAUAUACUAGAACAGUGAGAGCAAUCGAGAGGAAAUAAGAGCAAGGAGAAUCGAUAUUUAUUGUUUUUAAUUAUUCUUUAAAAAAAUUUUAUCAAUAAAUUUUAUCAUUUGAGAUUUCUUACACAAGUUUAUCAUACUUUCUUUCUUAAUUUUUAUAUUGCAUCUUUCUUCUUCACUAGAAAUUCGAUUGUGAUCAAAUAUCGAAAAUUCAAAAGGUUUAAAGUGAAUAAAUUAAAUAUUUUUUUUAAUUUCUGAUUUAUUAAACGAGUUAUUCUUUCCAAAUUUAAAUAAGAAUAUUCCAAAAAGAGAAUACCUAAAAAGAAAAAAAUUAUCAAUAGAGAAAGAAAUAUUAGAAUAGAAGAAUAAAAAAUAAUUUAGUCAAAAAAAUUAAAAUUAAAAUUAUGUAAAAAUUUGAUAUUUAAAGAGAAGAGAAAAAAAUCUAAUAAAAUUAAAAUUCUAAGGGAAAAAAGUACAAUAAUUUCCUAAAAAAAAAAUUAUCUAAUAUAAAAUAAUAAAAAAAAAAUCAAAUAUUUUAUAACAAAAAUUCCCUGUUAAAACAAAAAUUAAAAGAAUUCAUAAGCAAAUCAUACAAAAAAGACACAAGAAAAAGAAAAAAUGGCUGAAUCAACACCAAUUUGUCGUUGUCGUGUCCUUUAUUUAGGUAGUGCUGUACCACGUCAAAGUAAAGAUGGUUUACAAGGUAUACAAGAACCAUUACGUAGUUUAUAUCCAUCAGAGGGUGCAAUUGGAGCUAAAGGUAUUGAUUCAUGGUUAAGUGUAUGGUCAAAUGGUAUAUUAUUAGAGAAUGUUGAUGAAAAUUUAAAACAAGUAACACGUUUCUUUCCAAUUGAAUCAUUACAUUAUUGUGCUGCUGUUAGACAAGUUUUAAUACCAGAACGUGGUAGUUCAUCACCACCAGAACCAAAAUUUUUACCAUUAGAUUCACCAUUUGCCCGUAUGCCAAAAGCACAACAUCCACCAAUAUUUGCUGCAAUAUUACGUCGUACAACUGGUAUUAAAGUAUUAGAAUGUCAUGUAUUUAUAUGUAAAAGGGAAGCAGCAGCAAAUGCUCUAGUCAGAUGUUGUUUUCAUGCAUACGCUGAUAAUUCAUAUGCAAAACAAUUAGAAUCUGGUCCACCAGGUAGUGCUAUAAGUGGUAUUGGUAUUAGUGGAGCUGGUAGCAUUGGUGGUGGUAGUAGUGUUUAUGGCACAUUAGGUGGUUUAGGUGUAUCAACAAAUUCUGGUUUAAGUAAAUCAAAUGGUGAUUUAACAACAGCCGGUAUUAGUGGUAAUAGCGGUAAUGGAUGGCGUUCAAGAGCUGGUAGUACAACAACAUUAAAUAGUGUUGGUAGAACAUCAAAUGGACAUCAUCAAAUGUUAUUAAAUGGUAAUGGUGGAAUUGGUUUAAAUGGUAGCGGAAGUAAUAGUAGUGCAGCUGAAGGUUAUACAUCUGUUAAAAAUUUUUAUGCUAGUAGCGCAGACCUGAAUAUAGUCGAUAUUGAUGGUGAUGGCUCAAUAUUUAAUGGUGAUGAAAAUCAUAAAGUUUGGAAUGGUUCACAUGAUCAAUUAGAUGGAAUAGUAAAUUUAGAAAGUCCUUAUGAAGUUUUCUCAGGUAAUUCAUCAACUUUAGGAAGACCAGCUAGAGCAAGACAAAUAAGUGCACCAAUACCAGUACCACCACCACCAAUGAAAGAAGAAACCAAAAAAAAAAAAGAUAAAAAAUCAUCAAAAUCUGGAAGCAGUCAAAGUUUAUCAGGUACCUUAAUACGCCCAAAACCAAUACAUGCAAAUAGUUUACAACGACCUACUAUGUUACAUCAUCAUCAUCAUCAUCCAUCAAUGGGCCCACCACCACCAGGUAGUGUUAUAUAUGGUCCUAUUGGUCCACAUGCAGCAGCAUCUGUUAGACAAUAUCACACAUUUAGUCAUAGGGGAAUACCAAAUGGUAUGACACCGACACAACAACAAGGUCCACCACCACCACAUCAUCAUCAUCAUCAUCAUCACCAUCAUCAUCCAAAUGGACCAUCACAACCGCCACCACCACCACACAUGAUACAAACACCAUUAGCAGCAAUGCAUCAAUUACAUCAUUCACAAAAUGGUCCAGUACCAAUAAUUAUACCACAACAAUAUGCAACUUUACAACCUUCAAAAUCGAAUAAAAAGAAAAAAAGUAAAAAUAAAUCAAAUGGAACAAAUGGUAGCGGUGGUAUACCAGUUGGUAUGCCAAUAAUACCAUCGAUGUAUGCACCAUAUCCAGGUGGACAUCCACCACCACCACCAGCACUUAACGGUGGUCCAGGUUCAAUGAUUAGUGAAUCAAGACCAUUAGCAAUGAGUAAUCGAAAAUUAGCACAGUCAGCUGGUAAUGGUUUAGAUGAUUCUGGUAAUUCUGGAGCUGAAUCACCUGGUGGUACUGGUAUUUAUCGUAGAAAAGGACAUUUAAAUGAAAGAGCAUUUAGUUAUUCAAUAAGACAAGAACAUCGUAGUCGUAGUCAUGGUUCAUUAGCUAGUCUACAAUUUAAUCCACCUGAUAUGAAAAAAGAACGUGAAAUUGCACAAAUGGUUGCUGGAUUAGAUUUAAAUGAUGAUUUAUCAACAAUGCAACAUAGAAAAACUUCUGCUAGUUUACAUCAAAACGGUAAUAUACCACAACAACAAAUGAAUGGUAACAUUUAUGGUCCAGUUAGUGGUAAUUAUGGCAAACCUAGAAGAUAAAAUAUAAAAAAAUUAAAAAAGGAAAGAAAAAUUUAAAGUUGAGUUUAACAUAGAAAAAACCAAGAUUAAAUUUAAAAGUUAAAAAAAGAAAUCCAAAAAAAAAAAAAAAAAUUAGAAGAAAAAUUUUAAAAAAUUAAAUAUACUUUUUUUAACUGUAACUGUAAAAUACGAUAAAUCUAGCGCAUGUCAAAAAAAAAACACACAUAAAUUCUGGGGUAUUUUAAACUUCUUAUGGUGAAGGGUUCUUAAUUUUAUGUUAAAUAUGUGCAUGCUUUUCUCUUCAAUUUACUAUUGUAUAUAAAUACAAACAAAUUUUCAUAAAAAAUAAGAUUGUUUUUACAAAUUUAGAAUUACAUUGGCAACACUUAGUUAGAAAUGAUACAUCUAACAGGCAGAAAUUUUGUGUACAUAUGCAUAUAUCAGUUC